GUUUAAAAUUACACAGAUUCUAUGCUUCUUUACAUACGUUAAUAAUGUACUUUUAAAUUCCGCAACACUGCUCAGAUGUUGACGUUGUCGACUGCUGGCUGACCGAGACGUCGCCUGCGUGCCUCGCCGCCAUAUUUCAAGCAGUUGGCAAACAAAUGAGUGGAAAAGCACCGCGCUCGGCAAUUCUUUGAUUGUUUCCGCAUAUUAGUGGCCCUAUAAAUCGCUUGAACUUUAGGCACUUUGUGUCUAAAGUUCGUGAUCCCGACGGCGACGAAAAUUAUUUUGGAAUUCGGACUGUGGGGAAUAAAGAGAGUCGUGAAUCCUUUUGAGACAGAAUCCCUUCAGGUUUGCGGAUUCCGACGGAUGUUCGUUUUGUAGAAAACUUUUCGCAUUCCGGGAUUCGUUGCAGGAUUUCGCAGUAUGAAUACCACACCUGCGCGACUUAUACGUAUAUGUGACGCCCAGAGGCGGAAAUCGUUUGUAAAGUGUAAACCUACCAUCAUUACAGUUAUAGAGAAAGGCCGUUCGCAUUUUCAAAAGGAUAUAACUAGACUUGUCUUAGAAAUAGACGGAUCGAUGAUAGUCGAGGACGAGGUACUAGAGUUAUUAUCAUCUGAGGGAUACAACUUUAUGCUGUUGACUAACUCCGAAAAGUGGACAUCGAACGAAAGCAAUACUUCUAAUGACGAGAGCAGGACAACUCUGAAUGCACAAUUUACUCCGCAACACAAUUCGAUAAUAGUACCAGCUGCUUCCAUUAUCAAAGAGGAUUCAUGCGAAACACUCCAAUCCUGUGGAUCGAAUAUUUUUCUAAUGGAAGACCCUCUGGCCAUACCGAGUACCUCUGGAUUGACCAAACGAAAAUCAUCUUUGUAUGGUGUUGAAGAAGUACCGGACAAACGCAAAUCGAUUACAUCAGCAGAUCAAAUCAUCAUACGGAAUCCGUCUAUUGCUUCUUCGUGUGGAACAGCUGAAGUCACCAAUAGUGUCUUUGAUGACGAAAUGCAAUUAUCGUUGCAUGCAGGCGCAUCAAUUAUUGUAGAAAACUCUCCUGCACAGGAGGAAAACUGCAUUGCUAUUACAAGCAAGGGUGCCGACCAGAAAGGAAAAACACAAAUUCCACCAACACAAGAACCUGGACUAUCGGCAGCGAUGAAGUUUUCACGCUUUGAAAUAAAUUGGAAACAAAUUCCAAACGACGUUAUGGAUCAACUGAAAGGGCGUCAACCUGACGCUGGUUACAAAGGAAUUUCUCAAACGAACUACAACAGAUUCGUGGAUCAUGUUAUUGCACAAAUCAGGAUAAUAUGCACAAAAAUUCCCUUCAAUCUCAUAAAGAAAGUUGCUUUGACUAUCACUCAAAAAUAUCCGACCCUACGAGACUGUGACGAUGAUGGUAACGUAAUCGGUGAUGGUUCUAAUAGCUUGGCUGAUAAGCUCCGAAACCACAAUUCGUAUUUGAACAGAGCCUAUAGAUCUGAACACCAAGUUGCAAGUAAAAAACAUUGUUUCAAACGUCAAUGCAAGGUAGGAGUGAGGGUUGAAUAUUACAAAAACAGUAAGAAACAUUGCAACAAAGAGCAUUUGCUUCUUCUUACAAGAAUGGAUACGUAUACAUCACUAUUGGAUGAACAUGUUUUAAGCAGCACAGAAGGGUUUGUUCGCUAUAAGAUCGACAGUUGCAUUACAUUGACAGCACUGCAUAAAGAGCUUCCAGCAAUUCGAAGGAAUGAAUUGUUAAACUUCCACUUCCAAAAAGCCACAGGCUGUAAUGCUGACAUAUUCAGUACCAACUAUAAAGAAAAAAAAACGAAGCUCAUUGAAGUGUCCAACUAUUUAAAAACCCUACACAUACUUACGAAUGCGAACGACUUGGACGUGAUUGAAGGUGUAGCUAAGUUAUUGAAUGAAAGCACGACAUCACUGAUCCACACAGUUGAGGAUAUCAACGAGCAAUUGCCUAUGCGUGAAGAAUCUCCAUCAAUUGUAUCCGUUCAUCCCUGUGAAGAGGAAGAAGUGUUUUCAUUUUGCAGAAAACACUUGUUUAACAUCAGGUACUGACAAUAUUAUUUCUGCGUUUCAACAUCUGUUGGUUGUAUACUUUGUGUACUUCUACAAAUAUCCGAAAGAAGUUUCGAAAAUUCUGGAGUUUUUACAAAUAUUCCUCAUGAAGGUGAACCCAGCGUAUGGCUCAAGAUCGAGUGCAACAAUCGUCGGUGGACACCAACGCAUGGUCUCUUCAUUGAUCGGAAAAAUAACCAAAAUGAAUUGGCAGAAGAUGGAUGCAGAUCAUUAAAUCGUCCCAUAUUUUUGAUUUUGAUAUACAUUUAUAUCAGGAAGAGUAAAAAACUUUUUUCUAUUUCGAUGGGCCACUCGCCAUAAGAAAAAUAAUCCGACGAUCUGAUGAUAGAUGGAUCGGACGUCAUAGACGAAGACUCUAUAAUCAGCUGCCAUUUAACUACCAGCAGUGUGAUAACUACCGGAAGGCGCACAGAAGCUUGACAUAAGUUUAUCCAAUCGGAUAAUUAACGUCAAACAGGAAGCGGGGAAGCAUUCUGUUGCUGUACUUUGAUGACGCAUGCGAAAACAGAGGAAUCUCGAAGCAGCAAAUGAUUGGACAUCGGCCAGCAAACUUGCGUUGGAAGUACAUGUCAAACAUGGACAAAGGAGUCAACCCUGUGCUACCGGAGGAUCGUAUACUCUUCAGACGUUCCACGUUUCCAGCCAUUGACAUUGACAAUUAAACUAAACGCUUAUUUAGAAAUAAUAUUUUAACAGAACAUUCAAUUUGAAAAACAUCCAUUUCAUAUAAAAUGAUAAAUAAAAUGUAUUUUCAUUAA